CGCGACGAACCGCGCACUUACACGACCGUCCGCCGCUAUCGAGUACCCGACCGAGCAUUCGAGGAGGAAGACAGCUACGAGAAACAGAUAGUCAUCAAGCGCGACCGCGAACAGNGCCCCCGAUAUGACCGCGAUCUGGAAUACCGCACCCGUGAGCGAGAUGCUCCAAGGGAAGUCAUCCGCUACGAAAGAAAUGUCGAGCGUGCGCCUUCUNCCCCUGAUCGACUCCGCGAGUUCCGCUUCGAACGAGAAAUAGAGCGGGAACCACCUCGCCACGAUCAAUGGGAUCUGGAGAGGUACACUCGCUCCACAGAGUACUAUCAACCCCAGCCCAUCAUCAUACGCCAACAACCACGACCAAUCAUUAUCAAGGACGCCCCUCGACAGCCCGUCGUCCUUCAGCGAGAGGAACCCCACUACGAACUCGUCGAGCGUGACGAUGCGCAGAGAAGGAGGGAUGACGAUGAUUACUACUACGAGCGGACCACUCGCGAGGUUGAUNCGAGUCCGCGUCGUGGAGGCGGUGGUGAGGACUUCUAUGACGACCGUGAUUAUAGACGCGAUGUUGACCCCCGGGAUUCAGCGUCCAACUACGCCGACGAUCGCUACAGCAGCGACGAGGAUAUUGUCAUCACUCGCACAGAACGAAACGGCGGCUCGCGCGACCACUCACCACAUCACCGCCGCCAUCUAGCCGAAGGUGCCAUAGCCGGUCUUGGAGCUGCAGAAAUCCUUCGCCAUCAUCGUCGGAAACAGGGAGAGGAAGGCGGUCAUCGUGGCCGCCAGCUUCUGGGCGGCGCUGCACUGGGUGCUGUUGGUGCUGAAGCCCUGAGCCGUGCUCGAAGCCAUAUGCGAAGCUCCCGCUCAAGGUCGGUUUCAAGUGAUCGCUCAAAACGUUCCAGCCGACGUGAAAGACGCCGCCGUCACCGCAGCAAGAGCAGAAGUAGGAGUCGUUCUCGCGCACGUACUUUGGCCAAAGUCGGUACAGUUGCUGCUGUUGGUGCUCUCGCAGCAUACGCUCUUCGCAACAGAGGCAACAAGGAAACGGUGAUCGUUAACAAUGAACUCCCACCACCACGACGCAGCAGGUCUAGAAGACGUCGUUCCUCUGUUGGCAGUAUUCCUCCUGCACUCGACGCCCGAAACAGAAGCAGGAGCGAAAGCAAGCAUCGCGAUCCUGAACAUCGCAAUCGUCGCAUUGCCCAGGCUGGCCUUGCAACCGCCGCAGCUGCUGGUAUCUUGGAUCGCGUGCGCAGUCGUUCGAGAGGUGGCAAGAAGUCUCGGUCGAAAAGCAGAGUUCGUACUGGUGCGCCGAUUGCUGCAGCUGGACUGGGUGGUGCUGCUCUUGCAGGCUUGUAUGAGCGAAGUAAGGCUCGCAAAGAAGCUGCCAGAGACGACGCAUCCGAACCCGGACGUCCUCGGUCCAGGUCUCGUAGCAGAUCUGUCCCUUACCAUGAUGAUGAGCCUCGCUUGCGCAGAGCUUCGAGUGAUCCCGCGCUUAUAGAAUACGGCGACGAUCCGAUCUACCCGAACCGACGUUACGAGGAACCACCAGCAGAGUAUCGUCGUAGGCGCAGAGGUAGUUCCGCCUCGUUGAGCCCCGACAGACGCAGACAUGACAGAUCGAGUCGCUCAAGGUCGAGAAGUCGAAGCAGAACUAGAGGUUUGGCUGAGGGUGCUGCCGCCGCGGGCGUUGCUGCUGUAGCUGCACACGAGUUGGGCAAACGGGAUGAGCGUAGGAGGUCAGACCGUGAGCGGGACCGGGACCGCAGACGCCGUGAGGAAGAGGACGACAUGUAUGCACAUGACAGACCAUACUCUCCACCACCCAUGGGUGCCAACGCCGCCUACCCUCCAACACCACAGAGCCAUGAACUACCCUCAGCACGAANNUAUGCUCCCUAUAAUCCUGCCGAUUUUCCCCCGCCUCCAGGAGCAGCCGGUGCUCCUCGUGGCCAGCACGACGAGCGUUAUCCUAGUCCAGAUCCCAACCUGGGCUAUCCUCAUGCUAAUGAGACCUUUGCUGGUGACUCGCGCUACACUGGCGACAAUCGCGGCAGGCUGGGUCCAGAACAUGUGAGUUACACUCCUUCCGGCACAACAUCUGAUCCACACGAUUCUUCUGGUGGGUGGUUCGGUUCGGUUACUAGUUCUCAUUUCAAUGUACCGCCUAGCGAAGGUAUGAGUUCGCCAGAUGCACAGAAGAAACCCAACCCUCGAGAUGCAGAUCAAGAUGUGGACUAUUCGGAGAACGACGGACACGACGACAGAAUCAGGACGAGAAGCGAAUUGAGCAGCGACGGCACUACAGAAACAGAGCACAAGCGCAGAAGACGUAGACGCCAUCGCUACCACGACGAAGACAUUGACGAACACGAACGUGACAAUGAUCACAUUAAUACCCAGCAUCGCCGUCGCAGACGCCACAGAUCCCGCGACCCUUCACAACAACGACGCACAGGCUCGCCAGACAGCAUCAACUCCAGCGAGACAGUCGAACUACCACCACGUUUCGAUCAAGAAGGCCGGAAAGUGCCAGAACGCGGCGAAGACNCCCUGGCCGACAAGAUCGAAGACCUGCUCAGUGGAAAAGGACUCGCUGGAGGCAUCUUCAAGCGACUCACUGGCGACCUUCUCGGUGACGGCGCUGCGAAGAAGAGACGU